AUGACAACUCUGCUUGAUGGAUAUGUUAAAAUUGGAGAUGUAAAGCAUAAUAGAAACUUCUUUGAUUCGCUGAAUGACCCAGACGUGGUAGCAUGGACUGCCAUGAUAGUAGGAUAUGUGCAGAAUGGAUUAAAUAAUGAUGAUGUAGAGCUGUUUAGAUGUUUGCUUAGCUAUGGACCGAAGCCUAACAAUUUCACGUUAUCUGUCAUGCUGAGUGAAUGUUCAAGCUUGGCUUCGCUGAACCAUGGAAAGCAGAUUCCCGCUAGUGCCUUGAGAUCAGGAGCGGAAUCUUCAGUUUCUCCAACAAAUGCUCUAAUUUCCAUGUGUGCUAAAGCUGGAAGUAUUGAAAAUACUAAACGGGUUUUCAGUCAGGUUUCUUGGAUGAGAGAUAAUGUCUCAUGGACGUCUGUGAUUAUAGAUUUAGCGCAACAUGGUCUUGGAUUAGAAGCUAUUGAACUGUUUGAGGAGAUGCUUGCGCUUAAAAUUGAACCCCAUCAUAUAACGUAUGUUGGGGUAUUAUCUGCAUGUACCCAUGCUGGAUUGGUUAAACAAGGCCAAAAUUAUUUUUGUAUGUUGCAGAAUGUACAUAAGAUUGUACCUUUCUAA